CUGGCAACCCAGAUCCCAUCUGUCACCCACUCUGUCAUUGGGCAGCACAGUCAUAGUGCCAACGUGAAAUCUGUGUUAGUGAAGACACUUCACACAACUGCCAUUUAUCAUUAAUAAAAACAUAAUUUGCUAUGGGCUCCGGAGAGAGUACAACCAGAAAAGUGUCCUUUGGUGUGGAUGAUGAGGACAGGGUCCGGAUUCUUCGCGGAGUCAAGCUGUCAGAGGACGUCCUUCAGAGAAUGAGGGGAGUCGCUAACAUUGCUCCAGGACGCACAUCAUCAACCUCAACAACUUUACAGAAAGACACAGGUGCCUCUCCCAGUACCAGCUCAGGCCCACAACAGAGUCCACAGCACCGGACUCCCCCCAGUACCCAGUCUGACACCCCCAAAAAGGACGGAUAUGCCAAGGAAGAACAGAGGAGGUUCGAACGGCAGCAGACGAUGAUGAAGGAGGAGUUGUCCAAGGCGGUCCAGAGAGACAGGGAGACAGCGACGGCGAUGAAAGCCUUGAAUCGAGAGAGACAACAAGCACGACGAGAGUCUGAGCAGGCCAAAGCACUGUCUGCAGAUGACUUAGGAGAGAUGGCUCAGCAGCUACAGAAGAAAGACUCGCAGCUGAAAGCCUUGGAUGCCUUCUACAAGGCACAGCUGGCACAACUGGAGAGAAGGAAUCGGGAACAAUACGAAGAGAGCAAAGAACAGUUCCACCGAGCUGCCACCAAGACUGAAGAAACUGUGAGGCCUCGCAACAUUCACCCGGUGUGUUCCGGCCUCCAGACUCAGAUUUUAUCCUGUUACAAGGAAAACAGCGAUCAGACCCUCCGGUGUUCAGACUUGGCCAAAGAAUACAUGCGAUGCAUCGACGCUGCAAAGAAGAACUCCCUGGUCAACCACGGAUGAAGACGGAAGAGAAAAGGGCAAAGCAGUUAUUAGACGGAGACGUCGGCUUUGGAACCAAGAUCGGACAUUUAUCACAUUCCUGUCAUUAUUACUGGUAGCAUGCCUUGAUUUUUAAGACUUUAUUUAUGCUAUUUAUCGGCAGAAUCAAACUCGAAGUUGCUGUGUUAUUCUGCGAAGCUAGAUUCUACAAGACAGAUUUUUUUUUUUUUUUUUCUUAAAGGUAGAAGGAACAUUGGUUUGUAUUAGGUUCAUGGUCUGAGUCAGUACACUUUGAAUUGAGUCAUUAACAGUUUGAACAGAACAUUUUUCUAAGUUUUAAGCUCUUAAGUUAAAUUAAGGGUCACUCUUCCAUCUGCUGAAUGUUAAAUUCAGUUUACGUCCAGACCUCUGCUGCUUUAUGUACAGAGGAAGAAUAAAAAGGAACAUUUCAGGUGUACGCUGAAUGGAGUGUGUAGUUGCCGUCCUCGUUUGGGUUUGAAGGAGAAAUGACUUUUAUUGCUUUUCAGAUUUGUGGUUUUUGUAUUUUUUUUUUUUUUUUUUAAAUAACGCAGGAAGAAGCUCAGGUAAUCCUGGCCAUGACUUUAAUUCAUUAGAUCUGUGUUAUAUUAUAUGAUUUUAUUAAACCAUUCAUGUUCUGUAA